UCCUCCGGGGUUGAUUGGAGGGAGGCGCGCCUUGCGCUCUGAGAUUGGGCAAAGGAAGAGGAACCCGGAAGUGUGGUUCUGUGUGAAGCCUCCACGUGGGUAGCGGCUAGCGAAACAGAGACCGGAGAAGUCCCAAGAAUGGAGUCAGCCCAGGUAGCAGCUGCUGGUGCUGGGGAAGAAGAAGAAGCGGCGGCGACGGUGAAGAAGCGGCCCCGGCGAUAUUGGGAGAGCGAUGCCAGCAAACCUGGGACAGAGCAGGCUGGUCCUGCAGAGACCAUCCCGCAGGAUGGGAGACCCCUGCAGAAGAAGGGGGCAGACCCUGACCACACGUUCAGGAUCUCGGGGAAGGUGGAUCCGUUUCCUGGGGCUGCCACCGUCUGCCACGAAAAGGUGAAGAAGUUCCAGCGCGGAACCAAACUCCAGCUGGGGAAGGUGUCAAACAAACGGCUGAAGCACCAGCUGGCUGCGCAGGAGGAGAAGGCGGAGAUGGCGGCCAGGGAGGCGGCACGGUUGGAGCUGCUGCUGCUAGAGGAGCCUGGGUUUCUGGAAGGGGAGCCUGGAGAAGACACCUGCACCAUCGCCCAGGCAGACAUUGCUGAUGCUGUCGACCUUGCUGCCGGCGCAAAGCAUUUUGAACUCCGGUUGAACCAGUUUGGUCCCUACAGAAUCAACUAUACACGCAAUGGCAGGCAUCUCCUCCUGGGAGGGCGUCGGGGCCACGUGGCAGCUCUCGACUGGCACACAAAAGCCUUGAUGUGUGAGAUCAACGUUAUGGAGUCCAUCACUGACCUUGCGUGGCUACACACAGAAACCAUGUUCGCCGUGGCUCAGCGCAAGUGGCUGUACGUCUACGACAACCAAGGGGUGGAGCUGAACUGCUUGAAGCGCUUCCACGCCGUCCAGAGGAUGGAGUUCCUCCCAUACCACUUCCUGCUGGCCACAGUGAGUGAGACGGGCUUCCUGCAGUACUUGGAUAUAUCUGUGGGGAAGGAAGUGGCCACCAUUUGCACCAAAGGGGGGCGCCUUGCCGUCAUGGCCCAGAACCCCUCCAAUGCCAUCGUCCACCUGGGGCACAGCAACGGCACGGUGACGCUGUGGAGCCCCAACGUCAAGGAGCCGCUGGUCCGGAUGCUGUGCCAUCACGGGGCCGUGAGAGCCGUGGCCGUCGAGGGCUCCGGGACCUACAUGGCGACUUCGGGGCUGGACCGGAAGCUCCACAUCUAUGACCUGCGCUCCUAUCGGCGCCUCCACUCCCUGCUGCUGCCCACCGGGGCCGGGCAUCUCGACUUCAGCCAGAGAGGGCUCCUUGGGGCUGCCUGUCAGGAGGUUGUCCAGGUGUACAAGGAUAUCACAGUCUGCCCGCCCUCCAAGCCUUACCUGUGCCACGGGCUGCCUCGCCCUGCCCACAGCCUGCGUUUUUGCCCCUUUGAAGAUGUGUUGGGGGUCGGCCAUGAAGAGGGCUUUGCCAGCCUGCUUGUGCCAGGAGCCGGGGAGCCCAACUUUGAUGCCCUGGAGAGCAACCCCUUCCGAAGCCGGAAGCAGCGGCAGGAGUGGGAGGUCAAAGCCCUGCUUGAGAAGAUCCCAUCAGAACUGAUUUCGCUUGACCCUGGGCAACUGGGCACGGUUGACACCAUCAGCAUGGAGCAGCAGCGCAAGGAGCGGGCGGAGAGGCUGGGCUAUGACCCCCAGGCUAAGGAAAAGUUCUCUCCCCGGAGACGGCUGAAGGGGCGGGACUCAGCUGGCAGCCGGCUGAAGCGCAAGAAAAAGGUGGCCGCAGAGGAACAGCGGAGUGCAAUUCAGAAGAGCAUUGCUGAGAAGACGGAGGCCCAGAAGCAGCAGAAGGCAGCUUCCGAAACGGCAGCACCCCCAGCCUGGAGGUCAGCAUUGGAUCGGUUCCAGAAGUAGCUGUUGGGUUGGCAAAUGCAAGAGCUCCCCCCUGUGGGGGCAAAAGGUGCCCCAGAGGAGCUUGCCCAGGGCUGGACUUGUUGGCAUUCCCUCAGGGGUAGGCGGAGCUGAAGCAGGGGUGCAUGCGAGAUGCCCAGCCUGUGUUCACCAUUUGUAUUAAAGUACCUUUUUCCUUUC